GGCCGCGCCGUAUAAAUAUUCAUGAGGCGGCGGAGCCCGGCGGGGCCGCGGCGGGGAAGUUCGGCGAAGGCGCAGCUCCCGCCGCGGAGGAGGUAGCAGUGGGCGCCGAUCGCCCAGCUCAGGUGUCUGCUCCGCCUUCCGGUCUGGAUUUGUUCUGCAUGUCUAGCGAGGAGGGGCAGCCUGCGCCUCGCCGAUCGCUGGCUGCAGCUCGAAGCGGACUUUUACCGGACCGGCGCCGUGGAGAGAGGGAUACGGCCUGGGCGAAGGCGGCUCCCUGCUCCGGAGCGGCUUUGGGGACGAGCAUGAACCCUCGGGGGGCGUGAGGGGCCGCAGGGCUGAUCCCGCGCGGAGCGGCCUGGCCCAGCCAUCUUGCCUGCGUGCGGCGGCCCGAAAGGAAACUUGCUGCGCCGCCGCCCUCCGCGCUCCGCCAAGUCCCCGGCGCCGCGAGACGCGGAGAGGACGCGAGAGGGAAGGACCAUGAGCCGGCGGCCGGCCACUCUGCUCCAAACGGGCUGAGCUCGAGCGGGGACUGGAGCGCACUCCUGCAGCCACCCUCAGCUCCCGGCGCGGCGGGCUGCGCCGUGUGGACGUGUCCAGAGAGGGAUUAGGGACUGGGCAGAUAAACAACCUCUCGGGAGAAGCAGGAGAAAGACGAGCAGGGCACUCACUCUCUUCUCUGGCGCUCGCUCUCUUUCUCUUUCUCUCUCUCUCUCUUCCUCUCUCUCUGGCUCCUCCGGAGCCCCUCUGCUCACUGCCAGGAGGGCGAGGGGACGAAGCAUGGAGUGGAGUUACCUGUUGGAAGUGACCUCCGUGCUGGCCGCCUUUACGCUGCUGCAGCGCUCCAGCGGCGCCGCGGCCGCCUCGGCCAAGGAGCUGGCCUGCCAGGAGAUCACGGUGCCGCUGUGCAAGGGGAUCGGCUAUAACUACACCUACAUGCCCAACCAGUUCAACCACGACACGCAGGACGAGGCUGGUCUGGAAGUGCACCAGUUCUGGCCGCUGGUAGAAAUCCAGUGCUCGCCCGAUCUCAAGUUCUUCCUGUGCAGCAUGUACACGCCCAUCUGCCUGGAGGACUACAAGAAGCCCCUGCCUCCCUGCCGCUCGGUGUGCGAGCGCGCCAAGGCCGGCUGCGCGCCCCUCAUGCGCCAGUAUGGCUUCGCCUGGCCGGACCGCAUGCGCUGCGACCGGCUGCCCGAACAGGGAAACCCGGACACGCUGUGCAUGGACUACAACCACACCGACCUCACCACCGCCGCGCCCAGCCCGCCGCGCCGCCUGCCGCCGCUGCCGCCUCCCGGCCAACAGCCGCCCUCCGGCGGCGGCCACGGCCGCGCGUCCGGGGCCAGGCCGGCGUCCCGGGGAAAGGGCGGGGGCGCAGGGUCUCCCCCUACUCGCGGCGGCGGGAAGGCGCGGCCCCCUGGCGGCGGCGCGGCGCCCUGCGAGCCGGGCUGCCAGUGCCGCGCUCCCAUGGUGAGCGUGGCCAGCGAGAGGCACCCGCUGUACAACCGCGUCAAGACCGGCCAGAUUGCCAACUGCGCUCUGCCCUGCCACAACCCCUUCUUCAGCCAGGACGAGCGGGCUUUCACCGUCUUCUGGAUCGGCCUGUGGUCCGUGCUUUGCUUUGUGUCCACCUUCGCUACCGUGUCCACCUUCCUCAUCGACAUGGAGCGCUUCAAGUACCCGGAGCGGCCCAUCAUCUUCCUCUCAGCCUGCUACCUCUUCGUGUCCGUGGGCUACCUGGUGCGCCUGGUGGCGGGGCAUGAGAAGGUGGCGUGCAGCGGCGGCGCGCCGGGCGCAGGGGGCGCGGGCGGCGCGGGCGGCGCGGCGGCUGCGGGCGCGAGCGCGGGCGCGGGCGGGCCUGGCGCGGGCAGCCCGGGCGGGCGCGGGGAGUACGAGGAGCUGGGCACGGUGGAGCAGCACGUGCGCUACGAGACCACGGGCCCGGCCCUGUGCACCGUGGUCUUCCUGCUGGUCUACUUCUUCGGCAUGGCCAGCUCCAUCUGGUGGGUGAUCCUGUCGCUCACGUGGUUUCUGGCCGCUGGCAUGAAAUGGGGCAACGAGGCCAUCGCCGGCUACUCGCAGUACUUCCACCUGGCCGCGUGGCUCGUGCCCAGCGUGAAGUCUAUCGCCGUGCUGGCGCUCAGCUCCGUGGACGGCGACCCGGUGGCGGGCAUCUGCUACGUGGGCAACCAGAGCCUCGACAACCUGCGCGGCUUCGUGCUGGCGCCGCUCGUCAUCUACCUUUUCAUAGGCACCAUGUUCCUGCUGGCCGGCUUCGUGUCCCUCUUCCGCAUCCGCUCGGUCAUAAAACAGCAGGGCGGCCCCACCAAGACGCACAAGCUGGAGAAGCUCAUGAUUCGCCUGGGCCUCUUCACCGUGCUCUACACCGUGCCCGCCGCAAUCGUGGUCGCCUGCCUCUUCUACGAGCAGCACAACCGCCCGCGCUGGGAGGCCACGCACAACUGCCCGUGCCUGCGGGAUCUGCAGCCGGACCAGGCGCGCAGGCCUGAUUAUGCGGUGUUCAUGCUCAAGUACUUCAUGUGCCUGGUCGUGGGCAUCACCUCAGGUGUGUGGGUCUGGUCAGGCAAGACGCUGGAGUCGUGGCGGGCCCUGUGCACCCGCUGCUGCUGGGCCAGCAAGGGUGCCGCGGUGGGCGGGGGUGCGGGCGUGAGAGACACUGGCGGGCCGGGCGGGGGCGGGGGGGCCGGCGGGGGGCCGGGCGGGGGAGCGGGCUCUCUCUACAGUGACGUCAGCACAGGCCUGACGUGGCGAUCUGGCACUGCCAGCUCACUGUCUUACCCAAAGCAGAUGCCAUUGUCCCAAGUCUGAGCAGAGGGAAGGACAGUUAGAGGCAACUAGGCCAGCAGGGG